UUAUGUUCCUGGUCAUGCUCGCCCUUUCCGUUUCCGCUCAACCGUCAACAUUGCUUGAGAGCAGGUUCCCCACCAGGCCGGUACACAGAAAAAAAAACAGAUUGAAACAUGGCUGGGCGACGUGCUGCAUUGAAGGCUGUCGACUGGGUGGCCUUUGCGGAGAGGGUGCCACCCAACCAGAGGAGCAUGUUCAACAACCUCAAGACUCGCACCGACGCCAUCUCUGCAAAGCUUGCUUCUCUGCCAGAGAAGCCUCCUGCCAUCGACUGGAACCACUACAAGACUGUUGUGGCUAAAGCAGGCAUGGUGGAUGAGUUUGAAAAGAAGUUCAGUGCCCUGAAGGUGCCAGAGCCGGUUGACACUCAGACGAGCCUUAUCGAUACCCAGGAGGCAGAAGCAAACAAAUCAGCAACAUCCUACAUCGAGGAAUCCAAAACUCGUGUUGCCCAGUAUGAAAAAGAGCUGGAGAAAUUAAAGAACAUGAUUCCCUUCGACCAGAUGACCAUCGAGGACCUAAAUGACGCUUUCCCAGAGACAAAGUUGGACAAGGAGAAACAUCCAUACUGGCCACACAAGCCCAUUGCUGAAUUGUAAAUGCAUUAUAGCAUCCUGAACAAGUGGCUUCCUAUAAAAUGUAUUUUCCCCUAAAGGAAAACUGUACAGUAUGUGUGUAUAAAAGUCUUGUUUCAUCCAUUCUCGAGUUUACAAAAUAGAUGAAAAUAAAUGUUUGGACAACUGUAAGACCAACAAUAUCUGAACGGAGGAAAAUAAAGUGGAAAUAAAAUAUUA